AGCAAGGACAGAGAGGAGCAAACAUACUUAGGGCCAGCAGUGACAAUUCAGAUAGUCAGUGACAGAGGACAGAGAGGGAGCUCAAGAUUUGAAAAGCAUCCAGCUUGAAGAUGCCAGCUCUGUGGCGCUCCACUUUCGUCCUGGUGAUGGUACUGCUUGCCAUUAGUAGGCCCAGCCUGGCAUCUGAGGCCAUAGGAAAUGGAACAGAACAUACUAUCACCACCCUGCCCAUCGUUAUCUGGAAGUGGGAGGAAAUUCAUUUCCCAUACCUGGUGGCACUCUGGAUCCUGGUCAGCUGGCUCUGCAAACUCGUAUUCCAGCUGAACCCGUGCCUAACCAGAGUGAUCCCGGAGAGCGGCCUCCUCAUUUGCAUCGGUUGGGUCCUGGGCGGCAUCAUCUAUGGGGCAGACAAGGUGCAGACCUUCAGGCUGCAGCCCUUCACCUUCUUCUUCUACCUGCUGCCCCAGAUUGUCCUGGACGCGGGCUACUCCAUGCCCAACAAGCUGUUCUUCGGCAACUUGGGCGCCAUCCUGGUUUACGCUGUUAUUGGCACCUGCUGGAACGCUGCCACUUUGGGACUCGCGCUUUGGGGGUGCUGGUUGGGCGGGGCCAUGGGUAAUAUCGACACUGGUCUCCUGCAGUUGUUGUUGUUUGGGAGUCUGAUUGCUGCUGUGGACCCCGUGGCUGUGAUUGCCGUGUUUGAGGAGGUCCAUGUCAACGAGGUCCUGUACAUCCUGGUGUUUGGGGAGUCCCUUCUCAACGACGGCGUCACAGUGGUGCUGUUCAAUGUGUUUGAUGCAUUUGUGUCGCUUGGAGGGGCACAAAUCGACGCUGUAGAGAUCAUCAAAGGCAUAAUCUCAUUCUUCGUGGUGGCGGUUGGAGGCUCCCUGGUUGGUGUCGUCUUUGCUCUGCUGAUCUCGCUCCUAACCAGAUGCACCAAGAACAUCCAGAUUAUCGAGCCAGGCUUCAUCUUCGUCCUGGGCUACCUCUCUUACCUCACAGCCGAGAUGCUCUCCCUAUCCGCUAUCCUGUCGUGUACAUUCUGUGGGGUCUGCUGUCAGAAGUAUAUCAAUGCCAACAUGGACGAGAGGUCGGUCAGCACGGUACGAUCCACAAUGAAGGUGUUCGCAAAUGGCUCAGAGACCAUCAUCUUUGUCUUCCUCGGCAUCUCGGCCAUAGAUCCGUCUAUAUGGGUGUGGAACACAGCCUUUAUCCUCCUCACACUCCUCUUCAUCUUUGUGUUCAGGUUCAUAGGGGUCUUUUUACUGACCUGGAUUCUGAACCAGUACCGACUGGUUCCCUUGGACUUUAUUGAUCAACUAGUGAUGGGCUACGGUGGCCUACGUGGGGCCGUAGCCUAUGGCCUUGUGCUCCUGCUGGACGAGAAUAAGUACAAGGAGAAGAAACUGAUGAUCAGCACCACCCUCAUAGUGGUGUACUUCACUGUCAUGUUGCAGGGAAUAACCAUGAAACCACUGGUCACCUGGCUGAAAGUGAAGAGAGCAGCAGUGUCAGAACGCACACUAGCAGAAAAAAUACAGAAUAGGACCUUUGACCACAUGCUUGUCGCCAUAGAGGACAUUUCUGGACAAAUAGGAGAUAACUACAUGAGAGACAAGUGGAAUAACUUUGAGGAGAAGUGGUUGUACUGGCUCUUGAUGACACCCAUUGCCAGGAAGUCGUGUGACCCCAUAUUCAACAUUUUCCACAAGCUCAACAUCAAGGAUGCCACAAGCUAUGUGAAAGAGGGAGAACGCAGAGGCUCAUUGGCGUUCGUACAUAAUGAAAGCAAGGCCGAUGUGGAUUUCAAUAAGAAGUUUGGUGCCGAUUUUUCAGAGAUGAUGCCUUACAUCAUGACAGAAAAUAUGGGACCAGAUCAUGUUCCAGUCUCCUCCAUCUUACGGGACAGUGUGCCCUCUGUCUGCCUGGACAUGCAUGAGCAGGACCUGAAGAUGAGGGAGUCAGAGGACUUUGACGCACACCAUCUACUGCAGCAGCACUUGUACAAAGGCAGGAAACAGCACAGACACGGGUACAGUCGGAAGCACCUCGAAGUCAACAAAGACGAGCAUGAGGUGCAAGAGAUCUUCCAGAGAACCAUGAGGAGCCGUCUAGAGUCAUUCAAGUCAGCCAAAAUGGGUGUCGCCCCACCCAAGAAGAUAAGCAAGCAUUUAAAGAAAGACCAGCCACAAAAGAUGCCAAAUGGAAAAUCCACAGAUAACAGUAAAAGCCAUGCUUAUGGGGAUGAAGAUUUGGAGUUUUCUGAAGGAGACAGUGCCUCUGGUUGCGAGGCUGCUGGCGGUUCAUUCCCCAUGAGAGCCUAUAGAGGAGCUGGAAUCGUCAACCCAGCUUUCAUGGCGGAGAUGGACACCAUGGACCCCAUGCCACCAAUGCAGCAGAUUCCUUCAUGGCUGGCUGAAGCUGAGGUGGACAGCAGCAACAUGGUCCCUUCUCAGAGGGCUCAGCUGAGACUGCCCUGGACACCGAGCAACCUCCGCCGCCUGGCUCCGCUGUGCCUCAGUACCCAUUCCAAUGACUCCUUCCUGCUGGCUGACUCCCCUGCCACACAGGAGGGCAUCUCUGAGCUCCCACCACCACCUCCCCCACAAGACGGAGAGGGUCAGGGAACCCACAAGUAGUCCUUCCACAAACGGACCUCUUUUGGCCCCUAAUCCAGGUUCUGACCUCAGUUGCCAAAGAUCAAACUGCAGACAUCAGACUUGUUUUUUGUUCUGUUCAUUUGUUUAAUCAUAGUCCUGUAUACCCAGACAAAACAAUCCAGGUCGUCACCCUUAUGCUCUCCGAAUAAGGCUUUGGGAAUUGCACAAUUUACUGAAUUCUUCUGGGUUUAAUUGUAGGUUGUUUUUUAAAGGGGACUGCACUGGAUGCAACUCCAUCUUAAGACAGGGAAAUCAUGAGACCAACACCAAAUAAGAAUAAUUAGACAUGUGACCUUGCCGUCCAAAUCCUCAGUUUACCCGACAAAACGAAUCCCUUAAAACAACUCACUUAGAUCCAAUGUUGACUGACAGUAACAGAAAGUUUAACCGCACUCCCCGUAUUUAAGUCCAUUGAAUGACACCAAACAUGCAAGUUUAUGCAUGGUUUCAGACUGUUAUUUUUAUGACCACACCACCUCAGCCCUUUAUGUGAGAAAAUCAUCUAAAUUCAUAUUGCAGAUUUAGAAAUGUUAGGCCUAUUGAAAUGAUGUCUUAAUCACUUUGUGUGUUUUUUUGAGAGACCUGUAGCCACUAUUUAUUCACCGAUAAAGUGUAUUGGCCAUCUGUAUCUUG